UAAAUUCGAUAAGAAAGGAAAAGUGGCUCACAUCCUGUGCGUUUAUUGUAACAGUGGAGAAAAUACUGGAGGUCGUCAUAGCUCUAGUCUAGAUUUCUAGAUGUAGAUUUAGAAUCUAGAUCUAGAUAGAUUUUGUCCAGUUGUGUUGAGGUUUACAAGAUCUAGGGCUUAGGCUUACAAAGUUGGAUUAUUUUCAGUGGGUACUGUAAGCCAGAAUUUUUAAGUAGGCCCUAAACUCUAAACUACCGUCUAACAGUCUAACACAGUACUAAACACAACUUUAACUAACGUCCUACUUAGCAUUCAGAUGCACAGAAUUUACAGACGAUGCGCAAGUCUGAUUAGGUGUUGUGCUGAAAGAAAAGGGGGGAUUUAUUUAAAUCUGCUACCCCCACAGCUGCACUCUGGCUGUCUGAUUACAGCUGAGAGGCUAAACCACACGAAAAUGUCAUCGAAAAAAUUUCAGAUAGCAAAACGUCUACAGGGCACCGAAAAAAAUGUCUGGGUGGACAUAUCAAAGCUUGCAAUGGAGCAAAAAUCCAUCAAUCUAGGGCAAGGUUUUCCAGACUUUAUGGCACCAGAGAGUGUUGUACAGUGCCUGAAAGACACAGUCAGCAGUGACAAUCCUUUGAUACAUCAGUAUACCAGGAGUUUUGGUCACGUUAGAUUAGUGAACGCACUAGCCAAACUGUAUGAGCCACACCUUGGCAGAAAAGUUGAUCCGAUGACAGAGGUUCUCAUCACAGUGGGGGCCUAUGGCUCUCUGUUCAGUAUCAUCCAAGGUCUGGUUAAUCCUGGCGAUGAGGUCAUCAUCAUUGAACCAUUUUUUGACUGCUACCAGCCCAUGGUGCUUGCCGCUGGGGGGACACCUGUCUUUAUACCAUUCAGGCCAACCAAAGAGGGCAAGGUGUGCUCCAGUGCUGAUUGGAAGCUGGAUGAAGCUGAGCUGGCCAGCAAGUUUAGCCCUAAGACCAAGUUGAUUCUUGUCAACACCCCCAACAACCCACUGGGGAAGGUACUAACCCUAGAUGAACUAACAGUCAUUGCCAACCUGUGCAAACAACACGAUGUGGUGUGUUUGGCUGAUGAAGUGUAUGAAUGGAUGACUUACGACAACAACAAACAUAUCAAAAUUGCCACACUACCUGGCAUGUGGGAGAGAACCCUGACAGUUGGCAGCGCAGGUAAAACUUUCAGUGUCACAGGUUGGAAGGUAGGCUGGGUGCUAGGGCCUAGGAACCUCGUACACUGUGCGCAGAUCAUGCAUCAGAACACCACGUACACCUGCCCUACACCUAUACAGGAGGCAGUGGCUCGGGGUCUGGAGCUAGAAAUAUCAAGGGCAGGAACUCCUGAAUGUUACCUGACAUCUCUGGCUAAGCAACUCAAGCCCAAACGUGACUGGCUGGCCAGAGUUUUGGAGGAGGUGGGCAUGUUGCCAGUUGUACCAGAGGCAGGCUACUUCAUGUUGGCCAACUAUUCUCACAUGGACCCGGUUGACUUUCCAGCAAGCGAUGAAGCCAAAGACUUCAAAUUUGUCAAGUGGUUGACCAUUAAUAAAAAACUAACAGUUAUCCCACCCACAGCUUUUUAUAGUAAAGGAAAUCAACAUCUAGCUGAGAACUUUGUUAGGUUCUGUUUUAUAAAGGAGGACAGCACUCUAGAGAAAGCUGCUGAUAUCUUGAGGAAGUGGAAACUUUGAUAUUAUAUGUUACCUCCCCUGAAAAUUCCUUUAUUUUUCCCAUUGAUCUGGGUUUGAUCUAACGCUACAUUUAUUUAACAAUGUACAUAGAUACGGGUUGUCAUGGACUUGUAACACACUGAUACUACUGAUAGUUUUAUAAACACUGCAACAAAAACUUUGUAACCUUAUGUUUACACGAAUAGGAACAUGCUUGAUAAAGUGUAUCUCAUUAUAUUUAGUUUAGGUAUGUCUUGAUCUCAUGUUUGUAUCAGAAUCUGUAAACAGAAAACUUUAUAUAUCAACUCAUCCUUGGCUGUAGUUGUGGUAUAUUUGUGGGAGGCAGGUUUGAUGUGUGCGUGUACUAGGGUUGUUACUGGAAGCUCCACAUUGUAGACCAUGUGUGUGUUCAUUUAGUGACAGGGGUGGUGUGAGGUGUGUUGGUCUGGUGAGCACAUUGUAGACCAUGUGUGUGUUCAUUUAGUGACAGGGGUUGUGUGUGAUGUGUUGGUCUGGUGCCUUGUGUCGAAU